CAUGGGAGGGCGGAGCUUGAACUUUUUUUUUUUUUUUUUUCCCCAAGACAGGGUUUCUCUGUGUAGCCGUGGCUGUCCUGGAACCCUGUAGACCAGGCUGGCCUCACACUCAGGGAUGCCUGUCUUCCUCUCCCUGAUGCUAGCCUUAGAGGCUGACAUCACUGCUGUGUGACUCGGCCUUGAAUUCCUCUUCUGCCUCUGCCUCCCGAGGGCUGGCAUUAGAGUGCAUGCAGUGCCGGGGUUGGAGUCCAGGGCUUGCCGCAUGCCAGGCAAGCCGUCCAUCAUCCUAACCAAUGCCCCGCCCCAUCACCAUCACCUUUCUAAUGCUUCGGGACACAGUCUCAUGAAGCUCAGGCUGGCCUAAAACUGGAAUGUAGCUGAGGAUGACCUUAAUCUUUUUUUUUUAAUGUCUUUAAUUUUAUGCGCAUCGAAUGUUUUGCCUGCACGUAUGGAUGUCUUUAUGCAUGGGUGUGUCUCAGCAGCCACGAGAAUAUCGAAUCCCCUUGGGUCAGGAUUUAAAGAUGGCUGUGAGGCACCAGUGGGUGCUGGGUGCUGAAUCUGGGAACCACGCAUCCAUGUUCUCCAGCCCAGACUUUAAUGACUUUAAUCCCUUGAGUGCUGGGAUCCCAGGGGUGUGCAAUCAGUCACACCUGGGAGACAGGUUGGACUCAUAAUUCUCAAGCACCAGCCUCCUUAGUUUUGGAGAAGCGGGCCUGUGCCACCACAGGAAGGUGUAUAGAUAUAGUCUUUGAGGGCAGCUUCACCCACACUGCGUGAGCCUGGCCCGCGCGCCAGGCAGGAUCCACCCCUGAUGCUCUGACGGCGACCCAGUCCCCACCCUCUAACCACCUCCCACUCUCUCCGACUGACUUCCCAUCUCUUUUCUGUGAGUGAGGAGCCCAUGCCCCCCCUUUCCUAAGUGUUUCCUGGUGUAUUUCUUUUCUUCAGUCUCCCCAGCCCCCCAUACCCAGGUGGAAGUUUUCAACCAAAUGAAAGGCAGGCAGGACUGGGGACGCUCAGCCUUCGUGGAAAAGAGCUGUCUGGAAACUGUUACCCCGAGGUGGGCAGGCCUGGCAACCCGAGAGUCAGGGGCCCCAUGGGAAAGGGGGCGUUUAGUUCCUCUCCCGAGUCAGCCUGUCUGUGUCUGUAUCUGCUAUGUCCCCUCCCCUGACCUCCUGCUUCCUUUCUUCUCCUCGUUAGGAGACUCCACCCUUCCCUACGUAUCUGCGGUUCCUUUCGGGUCUUUCGAUCCGAUUCUCCUCUCUGAAAGUCCUAGUUGGGGUUCCCCUAACCCUCCACGCGCCAUUGGCUGGGUUCAGAGUGGGCAGGUUCUGUUACCAGGGGCAACGGCCACAACAAGCCGGUUUCUUGGCUUCCCAGAGGGUGAGGACCAUGGCAGGUCGGACCCUAGCUCUGCGAUAUGGGCCCUCUUGGUCCCCCAUUACUGAAACUGAGGUGCUUGGAUCCUGGCCCAGCUGGCGUCUCACCAGCAGUGGGGUCGCCCACCACAGGAUCCCACCGGUGUCCAUUCCUCCGUCUGCUCUAGAGUCUAUAGUCAAGGCGCCGCUGCCUGCAGCCUCGAAGCACGACCCACACAUCUGGGCUUUCGACGAAGUCAUUAGCAGAUGGGAAACCACCUCCCACGCAGCACACACCCCCAAGAUGCGCGGUGGCCCCUGUGCUCAGCCCAAGGCACCAGAGCAUGAGGACCCCAGGCGGACAUUAGGCAUCAAGUCUUUGGCAGAAAAGUUAAGAAGACAUGAGGGCCGGGGUGUUCCCCUGAUCACGAAAUACCAGAUCAGCGAGAUGAAGGCACAAUACAAUGACUGGCCAGAUCUGGAUCAGAGUGCCCCCCUUUUUACGGAGCCCCAGUCCCCAAAGCUCGCUGACCACCAUCGCGGGGGACCUUCUCAGGCACUAAUCCCCUGGACGAAGAACCCCGAGAUGGCUGGCAAACCCUUCACAGUGAACAAGAUGGGCAUGCUAGAUCGGCUCCAACCCUAUCUGACCACUUCCGCUCGGGAUUUUACAAGGAAUUUGUCUGGAUGUCCCCGUCAGAAACCAGCGAUGGGCCACAGUUGGCCAAAGCAAGCAUCCCGCCGCCGCCAAGAGCUGGAAAGUAAACCAAGGCUGCGCCCAGCUCGUGCACGCCCAUCGCAACCGGUCGUGCCGUACCUGGGAGCCCUGUCUCUGACCCGGGAGUCCUACGGACCCUUGGUGCACCCACUCCGUAGUAUGGACCGCUUUUGCCCAGUCAACACACCCUGGGGCGGCCCCCACCGGAAACCAGUGCCAGGCCUCUACAGUGUACCCAAGGCCUACCGCACUGAGAAUUCCCGCUAUGGGAGUGCCAGGGCGGAGCUGGUGUGAGCGUGCAAAGCCCACCCACCAUGUAAACC